GGUGGGUUAGACUGGAGCGGGUUGGGGUGAGAUGGGAUGCGUUGGAGGGGACCUCGUGCUCCAAGAGCUCCAGGUGAAUCAUUUCACCCCCAUGUGAUGCUGCACCACACAGAGCUGCGCCCCCAAUAGCACUCAGUGCAUUCUGCAGCUGAAUAUCACUGACCCCAAAGCCGUGAGCCCUGUGCUGGCCUCCCAGCGCGGCACUGAGCCCCAUGCAGACACACGGCGCUGCGGAGGCGCUGGGGGACGUUUUGUCUGCAAAUCACAACCCCAGCUGUGCUCUGCAGAUCUCCGACGGCGCCUUCGAGCCCUUCCUGCUCUCACUGAUCCAGUUUGCAUCGCACCACGUCUACAGCUGUGACCUGUGCACGCAGCGGGGCUUCAUCUGCCAGAUCUGCAGCAGCAGCGACAUCAUCUUCCCCUUCCAGCUGGAUUCCACUUCCAGAUGCAAGGACUGCAAAACUGUUUUCCACCGGCAGUGCUACCACAGCACCACGUCCUGCCCGCGCUGCGAGCGCCGGCGGCGGUACCGACAGCAGGAGGAGGAGGAGGAGGAGGAGGAGGAAGGCAGUGCGGGGCCCAUCCCAUAGACCAGCAGCCAUCCCAAAGGCGGGGGCAGAUGAUGUCCCCACGGGCCCCAAAAGCACCAGGACGUGGUGCACAAGGAGCUGUCAGCCCAGGAGCUGUCGGGCAGCGCAUCGCCGUGGGGGUCUGGACCCCCACCCAAAAGGACCCCCACAGGCCGAAUGGGGGGGUGGAUGAGCUGGGGGGGCUGUGGGGCUGAGCUGGGGCUGGGGGGCUGCAGCCAUCCCCUGCCACCACCCCACUGAUGGGGACGCGGUGGCACUGAGCGGGUUUUGGUGUCCCCAUCCCUGGGGGAUAUGGGGAUAUGGGGACGGGGGCUCCCCAGGGCCUGCAGUCCCCGUCCCUUUGGGGUUUCUGUGUCCCCGUCCCUUUGGGGUUUCUGUGUCCCCGUCCCUUUGGGGUUUCUGUGUCCCCAUACCUUUGGAGUGUGGUCUCUCCAUCCCACGGGGGCACAAGGGGACAUGGGGACGGGGACUCCCCACAUUUUGGGGUCAGAUGUGCCAAGGGGACGCGGGGCUGCGCAAUGCCACCCACUGGGAUCGGUGCCGUUCCCCACUGCCAUCAUCCCGAUGUCCCCAAGUGGCACUGGGGGGCUCACAGGCUGCGCAGUGGGGUGGGCUAUGGGGCCAGCUGCUGUCGGUGGGACUCGAGGGCUGUGUGAACCGUGCCGGCUGAGCUCGGGGCUUUCUUGGGUUUGGGGUUUGCAGGGUGCACCGGAUGGCACCGUGGUGACGUUGUGCCUUGGGGGCAGAGCUGCUCUGCCUCCCUUUUAACCCCCGGCCCUUCUGGGGCCGCAAAGAGAGUUUUAUUUUCCUGUCACUUCACUGUGAAAAUGAUGGAGAUUUAUUUGA